AUGAGUUGGUCCCUGAGGGACCUAACCACAGACCCAGGGUAUGCAGGUCGUGUGGAGUAUGCAGGAGAGAAGGAGAGAGGUCACUCCAUCCUGAGAAUCACAGAUCUGAGAGAGGAGGACUCUGCUGAGACAACCACUCUUACAUCUGGUACAAGAACGGACAACGUCUGUUCAGUCACGAGGACCAAGUACCUGAUCUUAGACCCAGUCCGCAGUGAGGAUGCAGGCAGAUACUCCUGUGCUGUAAACGGCCAGGAGGAUCUCGCCUCUGCUGCAAAAGACUCUCACUGUCAGAUAUGGCCCAAAGACCACCUCAGUGUCAAACCCUCUGGUGAAAUAGUGGAGGGCAGUUCAGUGACUCUGACCUGCAGCAGUGAUGCCAACCCACCUGUGGACAAAUACACCUGGUACAAGAAGAACGUAACCUCACCAAAAUCAUCAGGACAGAGUUACACCAUCACCAAGAUCAGCUCUGAGGACAGAAGAGAAAUUACUGUGAGGCUGAUACUAAAUAUGGACGUCUCAACUCUUCCCCUGUGGUUUGUGGACGUUCAGUGUUAGUUCACCUAAUCUUCAUCUAUUCAUUGACAAUCACACAGGUCAACAACAAUAAAGAAUCAUUAGUAAUGUUACCACCC